AAAGUUGUAGCACAAACAAAGUAGUAAACAAAGUAAACGAAUAAAUUAUUUUUUGUUUACUGUAUCUCUUUAGUUUAACAUCUUACAAAAUUUCAAUCUUUGAGAUCAAUCUGUAGAGAAAAAAAAACUUUGCUAUGUUUUCUUGGAAAACAUUGUUGAAGCCAUGGGGAGGGGGUGAUACUCAGAGACCUCCAGAGAAAGAUGAACAAAUGAUGUUAAGUGAUUCAUUGAUGUUAGAACUGGAAUUUCAUAUCAGAGAGUCGGAGAGAGUGAACCGGGAAAGAGAACAAGAACAACGUCGACAGGAAACCGGAGUUGACUAUAGCUGGUUAAUUACCACCCCAGUUAAAUCAUAUGAAAUCCCACAGCUAGUGAGAUUAGAAUUGGAGGAGAUGUGUUAUCAAAUUAAACCAUCAGAAUGUGGUAAAGUGAUCACUCAGUUUAGAGAUUCUCUGUUAAAUGAACCAAGUGUGACAGACAUGCCUCGGAUAAUGAAAGCAUGUAUUCAGCAAGUACUUGAUCAGCGUCCGAAAGAAGAGACCCUUACUCAAUGGGUUACUAAGAGAACUGUUAGCCUUACAAAUAUCAAACUUCGUCCACAGUCCAAAAUUACACCUACAGAUGUUGACAUAACUGAUGAUGUGGAAAGCCAGUCAACUAUAGAUACAGUUUGUUCUAGGGUAGAGCAGAUAUCACCAACCUCAUUCUCAGGAAGAUCCAACUCAUUGCCAGUGUAUCAUGGAGCAACAACUAGAAAUAUUGACCAUCUGCCUGUAUGAAUACAUUGUAUUACUUGUUAGGCAAAAUUAAUCAAGGAACUGCAGAAUUGUUGUUUUUUUAGCUUGACUAUUCUCAGAAUAGGGAGAGAUAUUGUACUCAACCAGGCAUUGGCACCACAUUUUGGAAAAGUUUUUGCAUGUAAGCUGAUAUCUCUAAAACUACAUAUAGGAAUGGGUUGAAAUGUCACAUACUUAGAUAUUUGAGUGCCUAAUAGGAGGUUUUUGUCCAAGGCCAAUAACUCUUUACAUGGAUUUUGACAGAAUUAUGGCCCUUUUGAACUGAGAAAAUUUACAUUAUCCAGGCACUUGUUUUACUACUGAGAAAAGUCGAGCAUGCUGUCCUACUAACUGACAGCUCUUGUUUUUGUUUAGAACUUAAUUUUAUUUGAUAUAAAUGGGAUAUUGUAAGCUAUUUACAAGUUGAUGUUUGUUCAUUGUUUUAUGAUGGCAAGUCAAAUCAUUGUAGUUAUAUUUUUUAUUCAUUUGAAAUAGAAAGAAUUCGUUUAGCAUGAUACCUGCCUUAUAAAUGAAUUCAAUAAGCAUUACAUGUGUUAUAAAUCUAUAAUUUUUAUUGUCAAAAUCAUAAUAUUUAUAAUGGUGCUUUACAAGUGGUGGUUCAUAUAUUAUAUACAUGUAUAAAGCAGUUACAUUUUAAAGAUAUAAGUGUAAACAUUGUUUUUGUUUAAUUUUCCUUUUACUUGAAUUUUAUUUGUUUAUUUCAAGUUUAAACCAUUGUUACUUUUUAAGUAAUACAUGUACAACAACCAAAGCUGGAAAAAAAAUGUGAUAUAUUUUGUCACUUUCACUAUCUUGUAUCAAAUUUACAUCAAUAUUAGAGACCCACAAUACACAUUCUGAAUGUACUAUAUUAAAGAUAGAAAAUAGCCUGGGCUACUGAAUGCUUUAUUGAUAAUGGUCAGCAAAGAGAUACAAAAAUAAUAUCUUCAUCACCAUAUCAACAUGUGGAUUAAAAACAUUAAAUUUUUUAGCCUAUUACAUUGUAUCUCACAUUAUGAAAGACUGAGGAUUUAAUGAUAAUCCCUUUGAUAACUAGUGAUAUGCAUAAACUGUUACAUUCACCAACCUGUAAGAAUGAAAUCAAAGGCGUUUUUGUGACUGUAUUGUAUAGUAUCCCCUACCUGCACCCCCGCCCCCUAUAAGUGAUGCAUUAAGAUGAUAUUCUUAAACCAGCUGAAUUUUUCCAGCUUCCAUUUUUGGAACUUUCUGUUAUGAAAUUUAGGGGAUAACAAGGUGAAAUUAUAAUAAAAUAUAAACUUUGUCAGACUGCACGGAUAUGCAGGCUAGCCAGGUUAUAUACUGGUGGCAAUGGCAAAUAUAUAUCAUUCUGGGUUUCAGCUGGUUAAUAGUUAAUAGUUAAGGUAGUCCUACUGCAAUGCUUUCCUGCCGAAAAAAUUCUUUCAUCAGCCAAUAUUGUAAUAAAUUGAUAAUUGUUCACAGUCUUCGGUAUUCAAUAAUUUUUAACUGGUUUUAGCUUGAAUUAAGUGCACAGCGAUAAAGGAUGAGUGCAUGAUUGUAAAUAAUCUAAUGCCCAAGAUUUUGAAAAAAAUAACAUUCCGGAAAUAUCUGAUUUGCUAUGAUAUUGGCCGAUGUUAGAACUUUUUUGGUGGGAAAGCAUUACAGUAACACUACCUUAAGAAGCAUUUAAGAAAUAUCUGAUAAAAAUGUUUAUGACAUGUAUAUAUUAAAUAUUAUAUUGUUAAAACUUCUA